AUGUUAGAGAAAAGCGCUCAAAGGCAUGUACGACGACGAAAAACAGAACCUUCAGCCAAACAAAUCUGUAUAUAUAUAUAUAUAUAUAUAUAUAUAUUUGAAUAUAUAUAUGAAUAUCACAAUAUCGGUACACUUCAGAGAACCCACGCAACACGAAGCAAUGCACCCCCAUUACCACCACCCCACCCGCCUUCCUCAAGCAACAGUACAAACCGCACCCCUGGAUUAAAAGGAGGAGGUUGUCGCCAGCUCCGCUGUGAGGAACAUAAAUCUGCUAAAGCAUUUGGGUGCAUACGAUAG